UAAUGCAUUAUUUUAUUAAUUCCAUGAGAAAACAAACUUUUCAUGAAUAAAAGAAGAGAACGUAUUUUAACCGUUUUUUAAACGUUUUUUUUUUGCCAAACAAGAAACGUAUCUCUUAACGUUUCUUGAGUGGACAUUUUAACCAAUCAAAAACGUUUGCAAGAGUCGGUUAUGAAACGUUUCGAAGAAACAUUUGAGAAACGUUUUUGAAACGAUUAUGUGCUACCUGGGCACAUAUUACGUUAAAUGCUUGCUAUCAAAAAUAAGUAAUCGUUCAUAUAAUUAAUUUAAAAUAAUAACAAAUUUCAGCUUGGGUCAUCCAUCUCGUUUGAUCAAACGACCAAAAAAAUACAUGACUACUUCAUCAUCAGGUGAAGUUAAUACAAAUCGAAAUAAUUGUAGUCUUGAUCAGACUAUCGACAUCGUUAAUGAUAUAAAUGAAAUAAGAAAUCAAUUAAACAUUAAUAAAGGAAAGGAAGCUGGUAAUAUCAGCACUCAGUAUAAUAACUCUUCUUCUAUGACAAACAAUUCUCCAGUCCAAAUCAUAAAUUCAAUGGAGCAGUCAUAUAGUCUGAUAAAUGUCACUGGAGUUUUUGAACAGCAUUCAAUACCUCAAAAAACAUAUACGGAAUUAUUACCGUUGAGAUCUACAUCAAGUUUUAAUGAACAUUCUUUUCCAAAUACUUCAUGGACUUUUCCAAAUACUACACUAUAUGGAUUUUUUAUUCCACAAAAUAAAACAUAUCAUCAUGAGGUCACAAUGACUACUACAUCUACAAUAACAUCUUUACAAGCGAGUCAAGCAACAUAUGAACAAAGUUCUUGCGUUACGACAAGUAUAAAUCAACAGGAUCCUACUCAAUUAAGACUUGCAACACGUAUUCAUUCAAGCAAUUUUGGUCACAGCAACAAUGAAUCACAAGAAAUAAGGCGUUUGCACGAAAAGUUAAGUGAUGUUGUCUCAAAGGAAGAGUUCCAAUGCCUACGCAAUGAAUUGAUUGAAUAUCAGCAUUUAAUCCUGCUAUGAAUGUAAAUUCAUAUAUCACAUAUCUCUUUAAACUCUUCCAUAUUUCCUCCAUCAAAUAUGUGUGUAUGCAUA